AGUGGGAAGUGAUGUUGGACCUAUCACAGCAUUGCUAACAGACAGCCUAUUACAGUAUUUAAUAAAAACAGAAACAGCAUGCCUAUCAUAGGCUAAUAAAUUCUACGUCCUGCACGCUUUAAAAACAGUAUGAAGCAGCUUUAACGGAGCUUCUGAUAACUAAUUUCAAGCAUGGCUGUCUAGCGUGCCUGUCACUCCUAUUGUCCUCCCAAACUCUUUCAGACAUUUUGAGCAGAGAGUAUUAAAGCUAUGAGUUAGCAAGGGUUGUGACAUUAAUGGUCCAGAAAGGCUUUAGGCACGCGAGGCAAUGAUGAUUACCGGUGGCUACUUGGAGGACUGCACUGGAUCGCUGUCAUUAAAAAUUAAGCGAGGCUUUUGAGGAAGAUGUGACAACUACCGGAGGUCUUUCCGCCAUUCCUCCAGGACUUCCACCAUAAGGAAAGAAGCCCCUGGACCAACAUCCUCUAAGAUGUUUAUAUGGACCAGUGGCCGGAGCUCUUCAUCUUACAGACAUGAUGAGAAAAGAAAUAUUUACCAAAAAAUCAGGGACCACGACCUCCUGGACAAAAGGAAAACUGUCACAGCACUGAAAGCAGGAGAGGACCGGGCCAUUCUCCUGGGACUGGCCAUGAUGGUCUGCUCCAUCAUGAUGUACUUUCUGCUGGGAAUCACACUCCUGCGCUCAUACAUGCAGAGCGUGUGGACGGAAAAGUCUCAGUGCACCUUGGUGAAUGCGUCCAUCACAGAAACCUUUAAUUGCUCCUUCAGCUGUGGUCCGGACUGCUGGAAACUCUCUCAGUACCCCUGCCUCCAGGUGUAUGUUAACCUGACUUCUUCUGGUGAAAAGCUCCUUCUCUACCACACAGAAGAGACCAUGAAAAUCAAUCAGAAGUGCUCCUAUAUACCUAAGUGUGGAAAAAAUUUUGAAGAAUCCAUGUCCCUGGUGAAUGUCGUCAUGGAAAACUUCAGGAAGUAUCAACAGUUCUCUUGCUAUUCUGACCCAGAAGGAAACCAGAAGAGUGUCAUCCUAACCAAACUCUACAGUUCCAAUGUGCUGUUCCAUUCACUGUUCUGGCCAACAUGUAUGAUGGCUGGGGGCGUGGUAAUCGUUGCCAUGGUGAAACUCACACAGUACCUCUCCCUGCUCUGUGAGAGGAUCCAACGGAUCAAUAGAUAAAAGCAAAAUGGAUGAGAUCAUUUUCUUUAAAGCUCAAAUACUGUUUUCUUUCAUUCUUCACCAAAGAACCUUAAGUUUGUAAUGUGCAGUCUGUUAUGAGUUCCUUAAUAUAUUCUUAUACGUAGAGCAAUAAUGCAAAAGCUGUUCUAUAUGCAAACAUGGUGUCUUUAUUAUUCAGGAGAAGAAAUAACUGUUUUGUGUUGGUUAGUUGUUUUCAUAAUCUUCUUUUGAUGCUGGAACUAGUACUUCCUUCUCUCGUUCUGCCAAAACAGGGCUCAGUUAUUCAUUUGCCAAGCUUUGUGGAGGAAUGUAAACGAUAUCAACAUGAUAAAUUUU